CCAGUUCCCGAGCAGCAACACAAGCAAUGUCCCAGCGAGGUCCGGUUGCAGAACACCUAUCUCACCUCCUCCUCGUGGAAAAAAAAGCCACAUGACCCGCGGAGCAGGAAGUGGAGCCGCAGAAAGCCAGUAUACUGCGAGCUAGCGGGACCUGCUGUUCACUUUCCAGCGCUCCGCGAGACUCGCAAGACAGGAAGAAUCAGCGAAAUGUGCCGGCGGCUCGUGCUCUUAACGUUGGCGCUCGCGGCGCUCGUAUGGGCGACAGCCGCUGAAGCGGGAGACUGCAAAGCGUCCAGCACUUGUGAAGAGUGUAAGAGUGUGAUUGGUUGCGCUUGGCUGGAUUGUUCAGCAAAUGAGACGAUCCAUAAUUCAUCUUGCGUGAACGCCACCGAGAGCCAUCAGAAUGCGUCUGUGUUCGGCUGUGUGCUCUUCACUAAUGGCACAUGCCCAGGUUCUCCCCCAAAGACAACCGUCCUGCCUACCACAAUCAAUCCGAAUACCACAGAUCCCAAGAAAGUCUCAACCACAAUUCCUACAGCUUCUCCAACUCGUAAUGCCACCACUCCUGUUCCUGUUUCAAAUAGCACCACAACCACGAUGGCCCCCUCCAAGGCCCCCCAGAAGUCAUCUACCUUCGAUGCAGCCAGCUUCAUCGGGGGAAUCGUGCUGGUUCUGGGAUUGCAAGCAGUUGUCUUCUUCCUCUAUAAGUUUUGCAAGUCCAAGGAUCGCAACUACCAUACACUUUAAGAUGUCCCCCCCACCCCCCUCCCCCAAACUCCCCUCCAAACACACUGCCCUGCCCAUUUCACUCAGGCUGGCAGUUCCAGCGCCACAAACCCUGCAACUGUGUUGCAGUAAAUCCUGUUCUCUACCAUCAUCCAUUAGCAAUAGUGGAGCUGUACAACCUGGGCAUACAGUCCCCCUCUUUGGGCUUGGGGGUUUAAAUCACCUUUUCAAAUCCAGGGUGAUGGUAUUCAAAUUGGCAUUCAAACUCUCAUGCUAAUCCAGCUAAUUGCCAAGGUCCUUGUAUACAAAUGUUCUAGCCAUUGCGAUCCAUCGCCCAUUUCUCAUCUUUUGAAUUGGAGGUAAAGGUUAAUGUGCCAAAACCCAAAAGAAUGGAAGAGAAUUGCUUGAAUACCAUUGCUUUAUAGGAAAGCUGGUUGCUUGUCUUAUUUCAUAUUCUUUGAGGUCCAAAACUAUGUCUUUUGCUAGAUGUGGCAUUGCCUUAGAAGGUGUUCCUAGCCAAGCAGUCAUUUUGUGCGGUCUGUACGUAAACUUGUUCUCACUUACUAACUGCGAUAUUCUUGGGCAGGGAAAGCUCUGCUCCGUCCUCCAGAAACACUCCUGGUGGCGGGGAGACCCGCCUUUGCAUUAUUAGGUGGGGGCAGAGGCUGCAUGGGGGAGUACAGUACUUGCACAUUGUUCAGCCGACAUGGAGUCGUGUAAGAAAAGCACCAGGGGAAAAUCUCACGGCAAUAAGCACGUUCCUCAUUGCGUAGCCAUUCGCCGAUGCUUAACAUACCUGGGGGAGGGGAGGUGAGGCUUGACCAAAAAGUGUGUGUCUUAAGGGCCUGGAUGGUGCAACAACCUAAAACAAUGAUUACAGUGUAGGAGGAAGAUGACUUGAGGGAAAGUGCCUUGCAGUGGUGUCUGGUGAGUCACUGAAACCCCAGCCUCUGUAAGACUCCAGUGUGCCCCAGUUGCUGAACCUGUCUUCGAACAGACAAUAAAGGAGGCUGUACUGCUGUGCUAAUAUUCAUAAAUACCAUAGAUCUCCAGCAGGACUGAAUGAUUUAUCUUUGGUAGUUAUGGUAGUUCCUGAAUUGCUGAAGGUUAUUUAUUUAGUGCCUAAGGACUAUAAAAAUGAGUGAUCCUAUUGUAUUGUCCUGGCACAUGUCUAUCCCCCACUCCUUUUUUGAUUCUAGCCCACUGAAUGAUUAUCCUUUUGUUCUUUCUUAAUGACCGCACCAUACUCUUUACAUAACUAAAUUUCUGAAUAUUGUUGACAGUAAAUUUUGUCCUGCUCAAGUGAAAUGCUAAGUUUUCUCGAUCAAAUUUUAGUUUUAAAGCAUUAUGCUAAUGGACCCUAAAUGUUCAGGGUCCCCCCCACCCGUCGUCCCUGGUCUGUCGAGCUAUUUGAUACGUGGAGGAAAUGCCAGGGAAACAGCUGAAGGCCAUGCUUUCAGGUUUUUGUUUUGCAUCUUGAUUAGCAUGUUGCUAAUUGUUGUGUCUAUGCAGUGCCCAUUUGAAACGCUCAAUUUAAACUGGGGAAAAGGCUCGAUGAGAGAUCAAGUUAUUGUUGGCUUGUUGAGAUACAUGGUUAUGAUGUUUUUGUGUUUUUCCUGAGUUCUGUGUUCAGUUUUCUUCAGCUUUAUAAAUUUUGUGAAGUGCUUUGGAUCCUGAAGAGGAGAAAGUAAUACUAUUACAUGAAAGGUCAUUUGCCAGGCAUAUUGUGGUGAGCAUAUCAUUGGCCUGGCUUUGUUUGUCAUAUUCGUGCUGUUACCAGAAUUGCACCAGAGCUUGUUGGAUAACAAUUUACUUCUAAUUAAGCUUCCAAAUGAUGAAAAUGUCAUUGAAUGACUACCAUAAGCAACAAUGCACAUGCCAACGAAUGCUACAUUAUCCUGUUCAUUGUUGAUCCUGUGUAAAUGUGCAUUUAACAAAUUACAAAACUUUUUCUGCAGCACUAGGCAAAGAACCUUUUGUUGGGGAUUAAAUGCAUAUUUUUGUUGUGCAGUUAAGACCUUCGGACAUUUCUGUUCAGAGUUCAGGAGUAGAUCAUAUGAUGCUUUUUUAAAAUUUUGUUUUUCCUUGUCCCUCGUGAGACAAUGGAUCUUUACCAGCUGUGCACUAAAAAUGACUUCUCUGUUGCUGGUGAUAACCUAAUCACCACUAAAUGAGUCCUGUCUCAUAUUGAAGAAUGGAGUUGCUAGAUGGGAAUUGGCAUUAGUGAUUGUUUUCCUUAAUCCUGCUCUCAUGUUGGGUUUUUCAGCUUCUCAGAUGUCUGACAGUUGGUCUUUACCACCUUGAAUACUAUUUCGGCUACAACAUGUGUCCAAUAUUUCAUACAUAUUAUUGAAUAUAUAUAUGCAGUGCCUGUAGAAAAGCUGUAUUGCAAAUGAUUUGUCAUGUUUAACCAUAAAUGGAAUGUCGUGUGCAUAUUUAUAUUUAAAAAUCCUUGGUUCAGAAGUGCCUUAAUUUUUUUUCCCUGUAGUCUUUACAAAUCAUAAGAGCUGAAUAAAGCAAAUCUCCUCCAAUGCACCCACAAAUUCAGCUUGAAGAAACGCUGUAAGCUGCUUGUUUCCAAAGUCACGCGUGCCUCUUUCUCUGCUCUAUUACUUGAUAGCAUGUUGGUCACAUUUUCUCCGAUAUCCUCUGUGUGUAUAUCUUGUUUCUUGUUCUCUAGUCACUGCUGCCUCUGAUCGUCUGGGUCAGAGUAUGUGCUGGUUUCUUUAUUCUGCGGCUCAUGCUAUACCUGCUCAGGUGCAAAGGCUUGCCAUCACGCGCAUAUAAACACUAAGCGCCCCCUCGUUUUAUGCUUUUCUUUUUUUCUUUAAGUGUACCUUUUAAUGAGUCUUGCCUUUUUCUAGUUUUGCAAAUUUAAAGAAUGAAGAUGAAUAAUAAAGGUUUGGAUAUUGUUAAAA